AUGUUUUUCAUUACCUUGUUCGCGAUUCUUCUAUUCAAUAGUGUUGCAUCUCAAGGUAUUUUCGAUCCUUCGACGUUUACACAGGGUUCUUGUACUGGUAGUAAUAAAUGGACAAUAUGGUUCGACACAAAUGACCCGAGCUCAGUACAGGGUGAUUUUGAAAUAACCAAUCAUAUUAAACAACUACUUCCGACUUACAUGUGUUCAUCACCCAGUGCGAUUGAGGCUCAAACAUCGUACGAUACAAGUCCAACGACAACUGGUGAUGUUUUUCGUAUUUCAACUAAAGAUGGUUUUUUCUGUUUAAAUCAGCAAGUAAACAACUACAAGAAUCGAUUAUGUACGGAUUAUAAAGUCCGCUACUGUUGUCCAAGUGCAUCUAUUUCACGCUGA